CUUCUUCUUCUUAAAAACUAUUGUUGCACGUUUUCUUUUGUUAGGAUUUUUGAGGGAGCUUCUCGCCUCUCUUCAUCGCAUCUCAUUUAUUAGCAUCUGAAGAAGCACGGCACUAUAUGAUUUAUUUUGAGCCUGUCACUACUUGUUUUCUUUUCCCCCGCUUGUUUCAAGCUCUUGAUUUGGUUCUUCAUACUGGAGCUGCAGCCAAGAGAUGCAGCCAAGAGAUGCAGCCAAGAGAUGCAGAGGCUGAAAGGAGAUGUUUCGGAUUGUGGGAGUAUGAGAAAGAUGGAGCUUUUUGUGUUGCUUUUUUUCUUCUUCUCUUUGGCAUUUUAUAUGCCUUGUCCAAUUCAGGGGCGUUGGGGCAGUGUAUGAGGUGUGAGAAGGCUACUGGCUUGGCGGAUAAGAAGAUGAUGGAUGUAGGGUGCUGCAAGUCCUACCAUAUCAAGACGCAGAGAGUAGACAGAUCUGAGCCGAAAGAUGCCAUUAAGUGAUAUUUUUUAUUAUUCUACGCGAC